CCCUGCACUUUGUAAGCUAUAUUGAAUUCACAAUUUUACUCUUGACAUUGACAGUUUGAAAAUAUGUGAAAAUAUUAUAUCUGUGAUACUUCAUAUACAAAGCUUUAUGUGGUUACAAGUUUUUGUAUGGAAUAUUGAUAAAAAUGGCACCAGGAAGCAAAGGUAAAAACAGUAAAAAGAAGCCCCGCUUAACGUCAAACUCAAAGACAGAGGAAAAGCCAUCAGAUCAAGUUUCUCGACAGCAAGGUUCCAAUGCUAGUGUCCACAUAAUUCCAUUAGGAAUUAAGCCAAUGGUGUUGACAAGUCAAACACAAAAUCUCUUUUCCUGUGUGGUAGGAACAGAUGUGUCUGAAAAUCAGCGAAAAAUAUUUUUGCAGAAAUCAUAUGUUAUUGAAGACAUGAAGAAAAGAGCAGCAGUAUCUGAUUUUCAUCCAGCUAAACAGGAAAUUCUGAAUUAUCCAGAACAUGAAAUAUUGCUAGUGUAUGAUCCUGAGUUUCGAUAUGGAGAACAGUUCUACAUGUGUUUAACCCCAGAGAGUAAGGAACUAAUACUAAAGGAGCUAGAUGUGCUAAGUAUAAAAAAGACAGAAUUUACUAUCCAAGAAGAUACCAUUUCUCCAGAGCCUGAACUUUUAUCUGACUAUUCACCACCAGUUUCUAAGCCAUGGGUAUCAUUAGGUAGUGAAAAAGAGAUAGAAGAGGAAAGAGUCAUGAACAGUAGGCCACUUAUCACCAUUGUUACAAAGAGGUUAAAGAAGUCAAAGACACCUAUUACUUUGGCAGACAAUUGUGAUAACAAGGAUUGUUAUGCUGAAUGCAAUUCUUACCAACAAGAAGCUGAAUUUAUCAAGGAUUUGCAGAUUGACAUUGGUACUGAGGCUAAAGUUUAUGUAGAAGACAGAAGUUCUCAAGCCACUGUGCAUCAUACAAAACGUAAAGGUGUACAGUAUCAACCUCAGUAUUUUAAAGAAUCACUCAUUGAAGACAUUCUUACCUCAGCAGGAAUGAAAGAAUUCUGUGAAAAUGUAUUUCCCUUGUUUGAAGAAGCAUUACUUCAGAAUGAAGUAGCUGAUGUUUUUGUAAAUGACUGGUUGACUCUUGGUUAUGAUGAUAUAGGACUUUCUUCUACACAAGAAAACCACAUGAAAGAAUUUCAGUCCUUCACAGACUUAAAGUUCAGCAAGAAGAAGAAGGUGACCUGUAUCAGUUGGCAUCCUAAGAUGAAUGGUAUUGUUGCUGUUUCCAUAGCAGAGAAUUACUCGUUAGAUGAAAGAAUAAAUAACAUGUCUCAUCUUACUCUACAGCCUUCUCUUAUCCUUGUGUGGAGUUUUAUGGACCCCAUAAAUCCCCAGCUUUUGCUUGAAGCUCCAGAAGAUAUUAACACAUUUGCGUUCAACCCUACUACACCAGAACUGGUUGUUGGUGGUACUGUGAAUGGUCAGCUUGUUUUAUGGGAUGUAACUCUAUGUGCUGAUAGUCUUCAGCAACCAAAGGCUCAUGUGCAAACAGAAAAAAGUAACAAAACGUUUAUGGAACUUCAAGAAGAUAAAAGUAUUAUUACUCCUAUUGUAAGGCAUUGUGCUCUUAGUAAUAUCGACCAGCAUCAUAAGUCAGCAGUCAGUUUUCUCACGUGGCUUCCAUCUUUCAUAGAGGUUGGUAAACAAGGCCUAGUGUAUGAAUCUUGUGGCACUUCCUGUCACCAGCUGUUCACUUGUGGAAGUGACGGGGCUCUCAUGAUCUGGGACAUCACAUCUGACCAAAAGACAGCUGUUGACAAAACCAGAGAAACCAAUGUUUACAGUUCUUUAGAUCUUGUCUGGAAACCGUUACAUAAAGUCUACCUACAUGGGCUUGACAAAAGAAGAAAACUACAUUUUGUUUCAGUUUCAGUGAAGUGUUGCUUCACUAGUGGAAAACGUUUUGAAGCUAAUGAAGAUAAUUCAACCAAGGUAGAAAAUCUGAUAACAUCUGAAGUUCUUCUAGGAACUGAGGAAGGUUCUGUUCUUGAUGCUGACUGGCGUUUCACUAAAGAUGAAACUGGCAAAAUUUCUACUUUUCCUACAACACCCUUUGCCAGUGUUCACGAUGGUCCUGUUGUCUCAGUUCAGCAGUCUGCCUUCUUAUCAGACAUUUUUCUGACUGUUGGAGGAUGGACAUUAGCCAUUUGGAAAGACAAACAUAAGAAAAGCAAUAUCUUGUAGCAGUUGGAGAUAGUGCUGGUACCCUGCAUAUUCUUGAGCUUCCAAGGUCACUUUGUCAUCCAAUACCAAAUGAGACACUGGUAGUUACAAAAUAUUUCGAGCGGGAAACUCAAAGGCUUAAAGAAUGGCCACAGUUUACUCAUGAUGUUUUGUCUGAAGUAGAAGAGACUACUUCACAGAAACGAGUUAGUAGAAAAUUAUACAGUGGAAAUUGAGUUAUAACAACCAUAAAAUUCAAACACCACUUCUAGAAAUUUUGGAUCAAGAGAUGAAGCAUGAACAACAAAACACAGAGUACCAGAAAUACUUGGACUUGGAACGUACAGUACUACAAGAUUUAGGAGUAAAAAAGCCAGCUCACUAGAACACUUUUCAUUGUGUUUUUACUAACAUUAGGCAUUUUAAAAAUUUAUACUUAUAUAUUUU